UGGCACUCCCCGGUCACCAUUGUUUCAAUAUUUGAUUCUUUUCUCAGUCUUCUUGAACCGUUUCUCAGAAGCUUCAUCUUCUUCUCUCUCAUCUUUUUUCCCCUUUCUGAUCUUCUGCGCUUAUUUCACUCAUAUCCCUCUUCUGCUCUCUGCACACUCUAAGGUACGCGCUCAAUUUUCUGAAAAAAAAUCAAACAGAAAUGGAAGAGGGCUCUCAAGUUCCUGUCUUUCUUGUGAUUUAGAACUUAUUGUGCAUUCGGGUUUCUUCACUUAGAUGGCUAUGGAUCAUCAGUUCAGCAGGUUGACUAACUCUGUAAACAGAUUCUUGUUGGAGGAUGAGAACAUAUUUUCGAGCUUAAAACGAUCGCCGGAUAUUCCAGGCAGUUAUAAUGUUGACUCUUUACCUCUCGAUAUCGUGGAUGCCCCUUUAGUUAUACAUGAUCCCAACCUUGGUAGUUAUGCUCCUACUUUGGACUACCCAGAUGAUCACGACUCUGAUACUGUGCUCAAGUACCUUAAUCAGAUACUACUGGAGGAGAACAUUGAUGAGAAUCCCAGCAUGUUUUAUGAUCCAAUUGCUCUUAAAGCUGCUGAGAAUUCCUUUUAUGAAGCCCUGAAAGAGAAGCCUCCCUCACCUCAUCAAGCCCCGCUUUUUGUUAACAGUAAUGCUAGAAGCCCAGACAGCAUAUUGCCAAGUUCCGGUGGUUAUAGUACAAGCAGCAGUAGCAUCGGUAGCUGUAACGCUGACCCUCAGUGGAUUGUUGAUCCUGGAGAAUCUAAAUCCUCUGUCACUAGUUAUUCUCCUGAGUUCUCCUUCCAGUCAUCAAGUCAGGCUAACUCAUAUAGGUUAAACGGUUCUUUAAAUAGCUUUAGUAGUGUUACGAAUGCCCAAAUGGACUCUUUCGUGAAUGCUAAUUUGGUUCCGAAUAUAUUUAGUGAUACCGAGUCCAUCUUGCAGUUCAAGAGAGGAAUGGAGGAAGCGAGUAGAUUCCUUCCUACGGGUAAUCAGUUGGUUAUUGAUUUGGAUAAAUACUCGUUGCCUCCAAAGACAGAUGAGUUGUCUGGGGAUGCUGUUAUCAAGAUAGAGAAGGACGAGAAGGACCGGUCCGCUAAUUCCUCUAGAGGAAAGAAACACCACCAUCCAGAUGACAGUGGGUUAGAAGAAGAAGAAAGAAGCAGCAAGCACUCUGCAGUUUACGAGGAGGAGGUUGAGUUAUCCGAGGUCUUUGAUAGGGUUUUGCUGUGUACUGAUAAUUAUGGUUGUAACAUAAAUGUUGAGGGAAAGCAGCAGAAUGGGGCAAGCGGUGGGAAGGGCCGUACAAAGAAACAAGGGGGUAAUAGAGAAACUGUGGAUCUGAGGUCUCUAUUAUCAAGCUGUGCACAAUCUAUUGCUGCUGCUGAUUAUAGGACCGCAAAUGAUCAAUUAAAGAAGAUCAGGCAACACUCUUCGCCUAGUGGUGAUCCAAAUCAAAGGCUGGCCAGUGUAUUUGCAAAUGGUCUCGAGGCACGGUUGGCUGGAACUGGGACACAACUAUAUGCAGCCUUAGCUCCAAAAACGAUCACAGCUUCUGAGAAGUUGAAAGCCUACCACACCUACCUGUCAUUUUGCCCGUUCAAGAGAAUAGCAAUUUUCUUUGCAAAUAAAAUGAUUUAUGAAGUAGCAUCAAAGGGUAACACUCUGCAUGUCAUAGAUUUUGGUAUAUUUUAUGGUUUCCAGUGGCCCAUCCUUAUCCAGCAUCUUUCUCAAAGGCCUGGUGGGCCUCCUAAACUUCGAGUAACUGGAAUUGAGCUUCCUCAUCCUGGUUUUCGGCCAGCAGAAAAGGUAGAACAGACUGGCCGUCGCUUGGCAAAUUAUUGUGAGCGUUUUGGUGUACAAUUUGAGUACAACGCCAUAGCAAGUCAGAAUUGGGAAACAAUUAAAAUUGAUGAUUUGAAGCUUGCAAGUGGUGAUGUGGUUGCUGUUAACUGUUUGUUUCGAUUCAAAAACCUACUGGAUGAGACUGCGGUUGCUGACAGCCCUAGGGAUGCAGUUCUAAGCUUAAUCCGGAAAAUAAAUCCAGAUAUUUAUGUGCAAGCUGUAAUUAGUGGAUCUUACAGCUCUCCUUUCUUUGUCACCCGGUUCCGAGAGGCUCUCUUCUUCUACUCUGCUGUCUUUGAUAUGUUCGAUGCUACUUUAUCCCGUGAUGAUCAUCAGAGGUUGGAUUUUGAGCAAGAAUUCAUUGGGCGUGAAAUAAUGAAUGUCGUUGCAUGUGAGGGCAUGGAAAGAUUAGAGAGGCCUGAAACAUACAAGCAGUGGCAGGUACGCAAUAUGAGGGCUGGGUUCAAGCCUCUGCCUGUAAAACCAGAACUUGUUAAGAAGCUAAGAGGUAAGGUGAAGGCGGGAUAUCACAAAGAUUUUGUGUUCGAUGAAGACGGUCAUUGGAUACUGCAGGGAUGGAAAGGUCGGAUUAUGUGUGGCAGCUCUUGCUGGGUACCUGCAUAACAAACUCAGAAGCUGUUUUCUGGUAUUUAGAGCCCUAUGCUGUCCUCGAGAAGAUAUAUUCAAUAACAUCAAUCAAGUCAACAGAAACCUGUGAAUGCAAUGCUUAUGCUUGUCCCAAUCUCAUCACCUUCCCAUCCUCUGCAUAUUGUUCUAGCAUUGGAAAUGCAUCUGUGGCUCUCGGGUGAACACUGAAGUGCUUUGCCAAAAGACUAGGAUCUGACAGGCGAAGUAACGCUCUUGGUUCAUGAAAUUUGUAUGAUGUGGAUUGUCUUAUAGAAUAGUUUUUCAUAUUAGAUGUGUUGGUGAUAGAAAGAAUUCUGAAAUGCAUGCAGCAAUACCCCCACCCCAACCAUAAAAUCACUAUUUAUUUUAGAAAAAAAAUUGCAUUUUUAGUUUUUAAUUUAUGACAAAGUAGUAAUUUUAUCUUCUUGAUUAA